AUGUCGACUCGUCGGCACUUCAACUUUUUCAUCGUCGCGUGUCUCUUCAUAUUUUUCAUCUUCUUCCUCCGUGUCGACUUCGCUGGCAAUAAUGUCGCAAAACAAGUCAAGGGCGACGUCGAGACCUGGGUCGAAGGGCUGCGCACUCCUUCGGAGCCGGAAGAGAAACCUAUACCGACCCCGAAAUACAAACCUACACCAACCUACACUCCCCCUCCUGUUCGCGAUCCAUUUCCCCUCCUAGCGAUGUCGACGCCUCCUCCUAUUCCACGGUGGAAUAAGCCCCGGCCAAACCUACACGAGGAGUACGACCUGCCAAUUCCACCUCCCCUGCUUAUCGGAUUCACUCGCACCUGGCCCAUCCUCCUGCAAGCAGUCGUCUCCUACAUCACAGCAGGAUGGCCACCCGAACAGAUAUACGUCAUCGAGAAUACCGGCGUUCAGAUGGCCAACGCCCGUGGCCAGCUCUCUCUUCAGAAUCCUUUCUACCUGAACCACGCGCAGCUCAAGAAACUUGGCGUCAAUGUCGUACAGACGCCCGUCCUCCUUAACUUCGCUCAGCUCCAGAACUUCUUCCUAUCUAUGGCCAACACGCACGAGUGGCCCUACUACUUCUGGUCUCAUCAGGAUGUGCUCACCUUGUCGUUCGAAGAAGGAUUUGAGGGGGUCACACCACCAUACAACCAACCUGGAUACAAGACAGUGUACGAGCUUGGAUGCCAGUGGCUCGACGAUGCGCGCAAGAACGACAGUCGAUGGGCCGUGCGAUUCUCGCAUACGAUCACCUGGCACUGCCGACUCCUUAUGUCGAACCUAACUAUGAUCGACAAACACGCUGGAACGGUCACAGAUACCAGCGCCGCGCUGAACGACCUCCUCGCGCUAUAUCGUGACCCAAGAGUUGUCCCCGACUUCACAGACCCGAACCCACCCGCGCCACACCCAGAACCAGAUACCAAAGCAAAGCGAGCGCCGACUCCUGAAGCGGCGGAUUCUGAAGAUCCGAAUCUGGCGUAUUACCACUCACUGCGCCAUGUCUCGGACCGCAUGUUUCACUACAAACACGGCGAGCGAGGCCGUAAUACGUGGCAGCAGGGCCAGCACGGCGGCAUGGGGGAGCCAUUUUACUAUUCUUCCACUGGGCUGGCGGAGGCAAUCGACGUCCUGACAGAGGCCGGACGCGAGGUUUUCCGCCGGAAAUGGGGCCACCGGGACUGUGAUUUGAUCUCGGGCGCAGGGCUGAGGCCGAGCGACGCGUGGCGUGUUGAGAAGGACUGGUCGGACUAG